AAAGGUGGGGGAGGGGAGGACUCGGGGCCAUUUGUUUGGGCUGUCCUGUUCAUUGAUAUCUUCUUCCCCUGUUGCCGUGUCUCUGUGUUCUCUAGAGGGUGGUGUGUGGCUGACGGAAAAGACUGACAGGGGAGCAGAAGGUGUGGGCAUGGGAGGGAGCAUGGUGGGCCUCCUCCUGCCGCUGUGUUAGAGCCAUCCAUCAAUCAGGUGAUCUGAUCCUAAAGGCCAGUGGAGUUGGAUUCGAGGAAUGUGGUGGCGGUAGUCGCCGGAUCUUAACGACCCUGCAAGCAAAGCACAGGACAACCAGCAUUUGGCCAAAGAGGAGUAAGGGUGGUGGUGUCUCUCUCCUCCUUAAUUGUUUACUAGCCUACUGAGCUACUUGCUGUCUCCUCUGCCAUGGAGCUGGGAAACAGCAGAGCUUCUCCAUUAGACCGCAUCUUGUGACUUGCAAAAGCUGGAGUAUUCUUCUGUCUUCUGCCUCCUACGGGAAGUCCAUGCUUUAUGUUCCAAGGUUGCCUUUAGUUUUUGAGAGGGUGGCAGAAUUGAUGUAACAUUCUCCGGUUAAGCAGAAGUGUGAAGAAGAGAAGGUGCAUCGAUUAGUUCCACGAUGAAGUUUAUGAAGCUUGGAUCCAAACCUGAUUCCUUUCAGAGUGAUGGGAAAGACAUCAGGUUCGUGGCCACUGACUUAGCAGCUGACAUCAUUAUUCGUGUAGGAAAUGUCAAAUUCCAUUUGCACAAGUUUCCCCUGCUGUCCAAGAGUUUUCGCUUGCAGAAGCUGAUAACAAUUACCAACAAUGAAAAGACUGAUGAAAUAUGCAUUUCGGAUAUCCCUGGCGGUGCAGCUGCUUUUGAAAUUUGUGCAAAAUUUUGUUACGGCAUGACUGUGACCCUCAAUGCUCACAAUGUGACUACCGCACGAUGUGCAGCUGAGUACCUACAAAUGCACGAAACAGUCGAAAAAGGGAACCUGAUCUAUAAAAUCGAAGUCUUCCUCAGAACUAGUAUAUUGCGUAGCUGGAAAGAUUCAAUCAUAGUUCUCCAGACUACAAGAUCUCUUUUACCAUGGUCUGAGGACCUGAAGUUGAUUGACCAUUGCAUAGAGUCUAUAGCUUCCAAGGCCUCAACCGAUUCUUCUAAAGUGGAAUGGUCAUACACGGACAACAGGAAGAAGCUUCCUUCUGAAAAUUGUUUGGAAACACAUUGGAAAGGCAUCAGGAAAGAGAAUUCAGUGCCGAAGGACUGGUGGGUCGAGGACUUAUGUGAACUUGAAAUUGGCUUUUUUAAGAAGAUCAUAAUGGCCAUCAAAGUCAAGGGGAGAGUCUCUUCUGAAGUGAUUGGGGAAGCACUGAAAGCCUAUACUUAUAGGAGGCUCUCAAGUUUGGGCAAAGAAAAGGGAGGUGAUCCCAAUAAAAACCGGUCAUUGCUGGAGACUAUCAUUUUGUUGUUGCCCUCAGAGAAAGGUUCUGUGUCCUGCUGUUUUCUUCUGAAGUUACUAAGAGCUGGUAGUUUACUGGAUUGUGGUGAAUGUAGCAAAAGGGAACUCGUGAAGCGAAUAGGCCGCCAGUUAGAAGAUGCAUCAGUGCCCGGUCUCUUGAUUCCUAGCACCUCAGGAGAAAACACGAUAUAUGAUGUCGACAUGGUUCUCAACAUAGUGGAAGAAUUCAUAAUGCAGGAUAAUAGUGAUGUUCAACUCAGCACAAAUGAGGAGCUUCAUGAGUUAAAUGCCCCAGCUUUGGCCUCAAGGAUUUCAAAGAUCACAGUAGCCAAGCUAGUCGACGAUUAUCUAAUUGAGAUUGCUAAAGACCCUAAUUUACCUCUUUCCAAAUUUAUCGAUCUUGCUGAGAUUCUACCAAGUGAUUCAAGACCUGUACAUGAUGGGCUUUAUCAUGCCAUUGACACUUAUCUCAAGGAACAUCCAGGCCUUGGCAAGAGUGAGAAGAAGAAGCUAUGUGGCCUGAUGAACUGCAAGAAGCUCUCAGGGGACGUUUGCGCACAUGCCAUGCAGAACGAGCGGCUCCCAUUGCGGUUGGUGGUGCAGAUCCUGUACUUUGAGCAGAUGAGGGCAUCUGCCGCUACCACCAGCCGAGCUGAGAGUGGCAACUCGUAUGGAAGCUCAAGGUCAGCCAUCACGACCAACACUGAAGACGAAUGUGAUGGCGUGCCGAAUGCAGAAGACGGUAAAGCUCGGAAAUUUACAAAGCUUAGUGAAGGAGGAAAGGGAUGCGAAUGGAGCAGCGGAGGCAACAAUGAAAACAGAAGCAAUGGUCAAGGGAAGAGUGGCAACAGUCAGGUGAAGGGCGUGGUGAUGCCAAAGAAGAUGCUUGGGAAGUUCUUAUUAUCAAGCAAAGGGCAGGCUGGGGGGAGCAGCAGCUCCUCAGACACUUCUGGAAGUCCAAACUCAGCCAAACAAGGGGAGCCUAAGUUGACUCCUUCCAGAAAUAUAAGGUACACAGUUUUAUAGAUGGGAUUCACUACUCGCAACAAGCAUGACUGUUAGCUUAA